CUGCGCGGCAAACCUUCAGCUUUCCUCCUUUUUUUGUCCCAGUUUUCUGCACAACACUCCCACUCUUCUCUGCAGCUUCACCGCCGAAGGUUCACUCAACUCAACACUACAAAAGCAGCUUAAAACAUGUCUACCAAGGUGGCCAUUGUAACGGGCAGCAACAAGGGCAUCGGGCUGGCCAUCGUCCGAGCACUCUGCAAAGAGUUCCGAGGAGACGUUUACCUGACCGCCAGAGAUGUCGGCCGUGGUCAGGAAGCGGUGACGUCUCUGGCCUCAGACGGACUGACGGCCAUGUUUCACCAGCUGGACAUCAACGACAUAAACAGCAUCAUCGCCGCCGCUGCUUACUUUAAAGACAAGUAUGGAGGAGUGGACGUCCUCGUCAAUAAUGCAGGGAUAGCAUUCAAAGAGGCAGACACGACUCCAUUUGCAGUCCAGGCAGAGGUGACCCUCAAGACCAACUUCUUCGCCACCAUGGACAUGUUGACUCACUUCAUGCCGCUCAUUAAAGCUGGAGGUCGUGUGGUGAACGUCUCCAGCUUCGUCGGUUCCCGCACUUUGAACAAGUGCAGCGCGACUCUCCAGCAGCGUUUCCGCAGCGAGGACAUCACAGAGGAGGAGCUGGUGGGGCUGAUGCAGCAGUUUGUUGAUGCGGCCAAGAAGGGCGAGCUCCAGAAGGGCGGCUGGCCUGAAACGGCAUAUGGAACGUCCAAGACUGGACUUACGACCCUGUCCAUGAUCCUGGCUCGUCGUCUGUCCAAGGAGAGACCGAACGACGGGAUCUUGCUGAACGCCUGCUGUCCAGGCUGGGUGCGCACUGACAUGGCCGGCGAUAAAGCCCCCAAGUCACCAGAGGAGGGCGCUAUCACUCCGGUCUACCUGGCCCUGCUGCCGCCUGGAGCCACAGACCCUCACGGAAAGUUUGUGUCUGAUAAAGAAGUUCAGCCGUGGUGAAAGGGUUAAAAGUGUGUUGCCCAAAACUUCCAUACAAAAUAUAUUUCUUUUCAAAAAAAAAAAACAUGUCCAUCAUAUGAAAAAAAUG